UACCCAGCAAAUGCAAUAAGGACUGGUCUCUAGACAGACCUGGCGAACAAGCCCUAAACCAACCUGAGCCUGUAGGCAGGGCCCAGCUGAAGCUGUUCCAGUUUCGGUGGAAAUGGCAGAAACUCAGCGAAGCUGGUUCUCAUUGAAACAAGCUGUAAAUUCCUUCCUCACGAGAGAGGUGUUUUCGAAAAACUGCCUUAAAAUGAAUCUAGAUUUGCCUCCCAGCCGAGCGAGACUUGGCAGCAGCUCUGAGCGCCUGCCCCGCCCGAGGACGCCAUGCGGCUUCCCCCCCCCGGCUGAUUUCUCGUUGCCUCAGCGCCCUCUGAUGGGAAAGGAGCUGCCUUUCAAUCUCAGCCAGCGCCAGACGUCAAGAGGCGCCUCAGACACACGCACGGGAUCCGGCGUGUGACAUGGCAGCGCCUGUGCGGAUUUCCAGCCCCGCGAAGCGGGGGGGACACAAGCGCUUCUUGCAAUUCUGAACGGCCGCCUAGCUAGGAAGGGGCUCGUCGCCGUUCAAGGGCAGGCUCGGCUCUUACAUACUGAAGUCUCCCAGCGCGUAUCAGGGAAUCCCAUUAGCUCCCCCUAAGGCACGUGCGCUUUCAUACAGCCGCUGCGGCCCUCCCAAGACCCCCUGCAGCCAAGACCCAGGGGUGCAGGCUGAAGGGCUCGGACCCAGGCUCUGUGGAGCAAAGGCCACCGCCAAGCGCGGUGCAGCUCAGCCGGCCCGGGAGAGAGAGGAGUAAGAAGUCACAGCAGAAAGAGGGCGGGCACAAAUGAAGCUAUAAUAGGCAAGGGAGCAGGAUGUGUUAUGCCAGCGAACGCGGCGCUAUAAAUAAGCAGGUUUCCAAACGGGGUUUGGGCGGCUCCAUCAAAGGAGCAGCAUGAAUACCGCCCUCCCCUUCCCGGUGUCCCCACAACGGCGACAUGGCGGCGGCGGCGGCUGCUCUUUCCCCUUAUCUCCCUCCCAGCCCAGCGCCAGACGCAGCGUCUCAGCUCGGCGCAGAGUGACCUUUCCCCAGCGCAGCCGGCAGAAAGGAGAAACGAGGGGAAAGGCGCGCCCGGCCCCACUUCAGCAUAUGCAAAUAAGCCCCCUUCCUGAUUGGCCACUGCCCGUAACCCCCUCUGAAAAGAUGGCCCUUCACUGGCUGACUGAUAAAGUUAAUGCAAAUUACAGAAUCUUGCUCUGUCUCCCCCUUUUUUUGGUAGCGUAUGAUGAAAAUUUCAGACCGUGUCACUCUGCGCGUCUAUUACUACAAAUAAGUAGUUCCAGUCCCCCCCCGUCCCUUGUAUUGAUUGUGGGCUGGGACUCUGCAGUCCCCGCCGGAGCGGGAGAGCGCACGAAGACAUCCCAGCGCGGUGUGCUCUAGGGGAGGGGAAGAAAUGCGGAAGGCACAGCGAGGUGUUUUCCCACUCCCCCGCGGAGGGAUAUUUGUAUCUCUUUUUUCUCCGCACCAAAACAUUGAGAGUUAAGAGGCAGCUCCUGCUGUAAUUGAGCUCAGAAGUGAGCAGGCACCGAGGAGGCUGCGCUGCUGCUGCUGCGCCAGGGUACGGCUUCACUGCGGCGCUGGAUUGAAUUCGCAGUCACCCAGCGGCCCCGAGCGAGCGUCCUUCUAGCCGGGGCGGAUUUUACCCACUUCCUCUGCAGCCCUGCUGGCAUCGGUUGCGUUUCAGCUGCGCUGGGCGGUGGGAGAAGCAGAGCGUCGCCCUCGUUAUUGAUUGCUUUUUGUCGACGGGCUCCACGCCGCUUCUGCUUGGAUUCUUUGUGGCUGUUUGUUUCUGGAGGCGUCUGCCAGCCUCUGCUACAACAUCAACUGCUGCUGGUGGACCGGGGAGAGCAGAGCAGGAGCCCAGGCAGCCGCUUCAAAGCUCCCCUCCCGGGUCGGGAAGGAGAUCGCGCCGCUCCUCCCCGGCAGAUCGUUAAUUGAAUAAUUACCCCGGAGGACACUCUCUACGUUUCGCUGCAGGAUCUCUUUCCUCCCCCUUCCCCCCGGCUCCUCUGGAAGAUGUUGCUCUCCAAGUUUGGCUCCCUCGCUCACAUUUGCAACCCCACCAGCAUGGAUCACUUGCCGGUGAAAAUCCUCCAACCAGCGAAAUCGGAGAAGGAGUCCUUCGAUAAAGUCUACCAGGUGGGCUCCGUGCUGGGCAGCGGGGGCUUCGGCACCGUGUACGCGGGGACCCGGAUCGCAGACGGCUUGCCGGUGGCCGUGAAGCACGUGGUGAAGGAGCGAGUCACCGAGUGGGGCACCAUGAGCGGAGCGAUGGUGCCCUUGGAGAUCGUCCUGCUGAAGAAGGUGGGCUCCGGCUUCAGAGGGGUCAUCAAGCUGCUGGACUGGUACGAGCGGCCCGAUGGCUACCUCAUCAUCAUGGAGCGGCCCGAGCUGGUGAAGGAUCUCUUCGACUUCAUCACCGAGAAGGGGGCCCUGGACGAGGAGACGGCGCGGGGCUUCUUCCGGCAGGUCCUGGAGGCGGUGCGCCACUGCUACACCUGCGGCGUGGUGCACAGGGACAUCAAGGACGAGAACCUGCUGGUGGAUCUCAGGACGGGCGAGCUCAAGCUGAUCGACUUCGGCUCCGGAGCCAUCCUUAAGGACACGGUCUACACCGACUUCGAUGGAACAAGAGUGUAUAGUCCUCCAGAAUGGAUCCGAUACCACAGAUACCAUGGGAGGUCAGCAACAGUGUGGUCCUUGGGAGUGCUCCUGUUUGAUAUGGUUUGUGGAGACAUUCCUUUUGAACAAGAUGAAGAGAUCUUGAGAGGACGGUUAUACUUCAGGAGAAGAAUAUCACCUGAAUGUCAGCAGCUGAUCAAAUGGUGCCUUUCACUGAGGCCUUCAGACAGACCAACACUUGAACAAAUUUUUGACCAUGCAUGGAUGCACAAAUCUGAAGUAGUGAAGUCUGAGGACUGUGACAUAAGGCUACGGACCCUUGAUACUGAUGUAUCUAGCACAAGUUCAAGCAAUGAGAGUCUGUGAAACACUAAGGACCUCGCAAUGGGAGGGGAGCUACAAGCAGAAAGACCACAGUGCUGCUGCCAAUACGUAGGAGGGGCUAGAAAAAUGCAUUCAUUAUUCUGUAGUUGAAUCUUUAUCUGAGGGACUUGAUUUUAUUUUCCCCUUUUGCUGGUUUCUGCUUUGGAAUGAGAAAUUUCCUUUGGAAACGCUGUUGUUUGGGAGUUGCAGGCCAGUACUUAAUCAAAAGACUGACCUUAUUAAGAAAGCAGUGACCUCUUGAAUACAUGGUAAACUUUUUUGCUCUCAUAGAGCCUGGACUAGAUUUUUAUUUGCUUUUGAGUGCCUUUUUGAAAGCUGCUUCAGUGGGACUUUCUUUUUUGAGCUGUGUAUGUCCAAAGAAGAUCCAGUUCAUUAUAGGAUUUUGCUCCCUUUAGACUGAGUGCUGGAGGAAGCAGCUCCUAUGAUGCAUUGGAGAACAUGUUCGGUGAUUGAAUGAAGUAGUCCCAUCCACUGGUGAUGGAAUACUUGAACACAGACAUUUCACUCCUGCCAGUCCCUGUCCUGCCCCCAAACCCACCUCUGCUGCUCCAAAAUAUUUCCUAUAGCCUGCAUACAAAUAUGAACAGGUAUAUCAGCUUUUUUUAUCAGGAACAUUCACUUUUUUUUUUUUUUAAUAUAUCUCAUCUCUACCACUGGGCAUGCGAAGCCCCUUUCUCAAUCCCGCCCUCCCUCCGCCCCUCUCCUUUUGUCAACCUGCGAGUCUUAAAGUAUGUAUGGGCAUGUUUAAAUGCACAAUCAAUGCAAUAUUCAAGGACUUUACUUUUUUCCAUACCUGUAUAAUGUGUUUAUGUAAAUUUGGUUUUCCCAUGUAUUAUACAGUUUAUUUAUUUGUUUGAAGUUUUAGAAGACCUUUCACAGUUUCAACUGUGGCUAUUUAUUUGCUUAAUUUAUUUGGUUAGAGUUAUAUUCAACACUGCUUUUCCCCCUCCCCCAUGGGAAUUCUAGUGGUUUGCCCAUGACACUCUUUUCUGCAUUCCUGUUAACUUUUGUUCAAAAAACAAAACAAAAUUUUUUUUCUGACCUUACCAGUUUCUGUUGGAAGAUGGAAAAUUGUUGUUGUACAAAGUCUAAUUUAAGGGAAAUAGAAUGACUUUUUAAAGUUUAGUAUGCCUUCAUCUGGUAUUAUACCAGAAAUGUAAAGUAAUGCUAUUUGGAAGGGUUUUAAAUUAUUGACAUUGUACAGUCUUUGUGUAUUGGCUCUGGAAGGUAGGGUGGCAGAGUCAUAAACCUUAAUUUAUUUUAAUAGCUGUGUUUCUGUGAUCUGGUUGCAUUUGUGCAGCUUGGAUUUGGAUUUUUUUUUCUUCUGUUUAACAGUGUGAAAUGUAUGGAGAUCAUAUUUUUUAUACAGGUAUUUCAAUUAAACUUUUUUUGUAUAUAACA